GGCAGCGGCCAGGAGAGAGGCAACUCUAGACCCUGGAAGUAAUCUCUCAGACCACACAGCCCUCAAAGAAGCAGCCAGGCUACUCUCUCCCUCUGACACCAUCUUGCCGCUGGACCUGAGUCCCUCCACAAAGGACACCAUGAGCACAGAAAGCAUGAUCCGCGACGUGGAGCUGGCUGAGGAGGCGCUCCCCAAGAAGGCAGGGGGCCCUCAGAGCUCCAGGCGGUGCUUGUGUCUCAGCCUCUUCUCCUUCCUCCUCGUGGCAGGAGCCACCGCGCUCUUCUGCCUGCUGCACUUCGGGGUGAUUGGCCCCCAGAGGGAAGAGCACCCGAUUGGCGCCCUGCUGCCCCAGACCCUUGGAUUAUCUUCUCGAACCUCAAAUGACAAGCCUGUUGCCCAUGUUGUAGCAGACCAGCAGACUGUGGGGCAGCUGCAGUGGCAGAGCAAGGUCGCCAACGCCCUCCUGGCCAACGGUGUGCAGCUGGUAGACAACCAGCUGGAGGUGCCAUCAGACGGGCUGUACCUGAUCUACUCCCAGGUCCUCUUCAGGGGCCAAGACUGCCCUCAAACCCAGCUGCUGCUCACCCACACCAUCAAACGCUUUGCUGUCUCCUACCCAGACAAGGUCAACCUCCUGUCUGCCAUCAAGAGCCCUUGCCAGAGGGAGACCCCAGAGGGGAUGGAGGCCAAGCCCUGGUACGAACCCAUCUACCUGGGAGGUGUCUUCCAGCUGGAGAAGGGUGAUCGGCUCAGUGCAGAGAUCAACCUGCCCGACUAUCUCGAUUUUGCUGAGUCCGGGCAGGUCUACUUCGGGCUCAUCGCCCUGUGAGGGAGCAGCACGUCCAUCCUCGUCCCCUCAUCCCCUGUAUUAUCCACUCCUCCGGCCCCUUCAUCCCCUCUGCUUUAGAAAGGGAAUUCGGGGCUCAGGACUGAGAACUUUAAACAGCACUUAGAAACCUAGGGUGCACAGAUGUGUGACCUGGACAAUGGGGCCUCAGGUCUAGGUACCUGAACGCAACCUGGGACACCUGGAAUGUGGGGGCCAGGAACCUCUAGUUCUGGCCAGAACACUUCAGAACAUCCCUUUAGAAGAUCUUCCC